UCAUGAUGUACACCAAACUUCUACCCAUUGUUGCAGAUUUCACAAGUUUCAAGCCAAUAUAAAAAUGGAAGAUGAAAAGAAAAAAAGACGAAGAAAUUGGCAUGAUGGGGAGGUGCACUGCCUGUGCCACUAUGUUCAAAGGCACAAAUCUGUGCUUUUUGGCAAGGCUGGCCAUGCCAGCGUUCCGGUGGAGAAAAGAAAAAAAAAGUACUGGAAAAAGGCAACGGCAGUACUUAGGGCCAAUGGCUACCAGAGGGAGGAGGAGGAGGUCGUCCGGAAGUGGGCUGACCUCAAGCAAAGAGCCUUAAAAUAUAAGGCCCAACGAAACAUGACAGGUGGGGGCAGCCUUGAAGUCCGGCCCACGUUAGAGGCUGUUCUGGAGGUUCUCGCAAGAGAAACGGUGCAGGGGGUAGUCGCGUCCUCCGACGAAGCAGGCUUUAGCUCGUCCCAAGACACAAUAGAUGGAGACAAUGAGGCUUGCCUGCUGUUCAGCAGCAUGGCUGCAGGAGCGUGUUCACGCACCCCUGAUCGUGUCAAGACAACCUCCACUGUCGUCAACACAACAACCACUGUCGUCAACACCGCCACCGCUGCUGUCAACACCUCCACUGCUGCCACAACCACUACCUUAACUGCAAUAGCUGCUGCAACCACCUCCGCCACCAAGACCCCUCAAAGAAAACUUUCCUCAACUGACCAGCUUGUAGAGCUGGAGAAGGAGAGGAUUCGACUGCUUGAGAAACAAGUUUCCCUCUCUGCAGAGCGAAACUUGUUUCUCAGUAGAAUUGCAAAUGCCUUAGAGGCCAUUGAAAAAAAUGGCAUUCAGUCAUUGGGAAUGAUUGAAUUUUAAGGCAUUUGCAAUGUGUAUUUCAUGUGAUGUCCACCUUGGUAACAACAAGCUGAAACUUCAGCUUGUUGGUAUCAAGAUGGACUUUUCAUGAAUAUACUCUACAUGAAGGAAACCAU